AUCUAUGUUAUCAAUGCAAUUAUCGCCUAUCGAUAAACUUGAAUGCACCAACAUUAGAUCGUGUGUACACACUGACGCUGCGCAUUUGCCAUUGCGUACUUCUGGCUCGCACUUGUGUACAAUUCGAAAUUCAAAAGCUAUGUGAAGCAAUGUCAAACAAUAAUAGUACAAAACGUAAACUACAUUAUGAUGGAAAAUUACAGAGCACCUCACGCAUUACGCCCAAAAUUAGAGAAUAUCUGGCGGAACUGUCCAACGAUCGUGAAUUGGGCCUGGAACGCUUCAUGGCUUUCUCAUCAACCACUUCCACAACGAGCAGCAACGUGAGCGUCGGCGCGCCAAGCAGCCGCUGCCGUAGCCGUAGCAGCAGCUUGGGGGUUGCAACAACAGCUGCAUGCGCAGCUGCCAAGACCAUCGCUCGAAAGCAAAAGGAAUGCGUUUCGUCAACUGAGAACGUAAAGCAGAUACCCAUUGUCAUGGAUAACAAAGUGGGAAGUGGUCCACGCAUUGCAUCCGCCUCGGUAGAGGAUCUUCGCACGCCAACUAAAAGCACGCAGACGCGAACGCCGAUGAUAAAAACCCGCAAAACUCAAACGCCGGAAUCGGCGCUCAAAUCGCACAAGCGUCUCGAAUGGGAUCCCGCCGCUGAUGUGGGUUAUCGCUAUGGUCGUGCUGCCUCCACCAGCAAUAUUAGCACAUUAGAGCGCUCUGUAUUGGAAGCGGUCAUACAGCCUGCUGUUAGAUGCCCAGGAGCGGAUCGACCCAAUCAUUCAGAAACCGAUUUGAAUCGACUGCAGCAGGAGGGCAAAAAGGAGCUAAAUCAACAGAAGCCAGCUGCACCGCUUGCCUCCAGCACCCUUGUCCCAGGCAAUCACACUUGUAGUCAGCCACAGGCGACGCCUACAGCUACGCCCGUGGCCACGCCCACGCCUGUGCCCAGCCAGAGUUCGCGGAGGGAGAGUUGCGCCACAUCCGCCGUGAGCAGCUUUGACUAUCAGCAUAAUUCGCGUCCCUCGACCAGUCAGAGCAACAGUGGAAGCCAAAGCCAAAGCCAAAGCCGCAGCCGCAGCCGUAGCCGAAGCUUAAGCGCCGAGGAGCUGCUGCGUCAUGUGGAACAGCAGCGUCAAGAGCGUGAAUAUGCAGCGCAGCUGGAGCAGGUGCUGUGCAACCGACGCAACACGAACAAGGAAAAGAGGGAGCACAAGGAAAACAAAGAGAACAAGGAGAAUAAACAGCCACCGCAGCACCAACAGCAGCAAAACAUCUCUAGCUGUUCGAGCGCCACUAGUUCGCCCGCUAAAUGCGAUCUGGAUCUGGGCAUUGAUUUGCUCUGCUCGCUGGUCAAUAAGCGCAGCCUCAGCUAUGGCCAAAAGAAACAGCUAAUUCGGGAUAUAGCCAAGCGGUUGGCCUGCCUUGAUCUGACGGCCAGCAGCAGCAGUAGCCUCAACGGUCGAACGGAUGUCAAGCGCGUCCAGUACAAGGACGCGCAGCUCAAGGAGAAGCACAGAAGAGAGAAAUUUAUAGCUGGCGGUGCAGAUACCUUGCGCCAUAGCCAGCCUCUCAGAAAGGACAUGAGCGUCAAUACAAGUAAAAGGAAUUCGUUGGAGCAUUCGGUGCCUGCUGCAACCACGCCAGCUCCAGCAGUUGCGCCUGCUGCUGUGCCUAGUCCAGUUGCUUCUCGUGCCGCAGCAACAAUAAGUCCCAUCCAUACUGCCACGACGGAGUGUGCUCCCGUCUCUUUGGCUGCUCCCGUGCCUGCUCCUCGCACACGCCUGGCCACGCCCGCACUCACACCACUGCCCAGCAGCUAUACAUCCACUAGCAGCGCCACCUCCAAUGAGCUGGUCACACAAAAGACAAAUGUACAGAUUAGAUACACCGUCAACGCUGUCGAUGAGCAGGCAGCCGUGCAGGAAUGGCUGAAUCCCAUGACGCAGAGCGAGAUUGAGUAUGAGGAGAAGCGAUUGCAACGCGUCCAACUAGACUCAGAGCGACGCACGCAGCUCAAUUGGAUCGAAACGGAAAUUCUGCGUCUGCGCAAGCUACAGCAUCUAUUGACCAACGCUGCCAAGAGCGUGAUCUCGCCCCCAUCCAGUGCGAAAUCUGUGCGCAUACCCAUCCAGAUGGCGGUGGAGCAUCCUCAGGUCAUGCCAAAUGCACCAAAACCACGUGCGCCGCAGCAGCGCAGCAAAAUGGCCACGCCCACUGGCCUCAGUGAGCACUCGGGCAGCACCGAAAGCGUCUGCUCCUUUGUCCAGCAGCGACAGCGCCAGUUCAUGGCCCACUAUCAAAAUCAGCAACAGCAACGUCUGGAGCAGCAGCAGCAGCAACAGCAGCAACAGCUCCUCCUGCGACAGCAGCAACAGCAGCAGCACCAACGAUGCCCGUAUAAUAAAUUGCAACAACGCCAACAACAACAACCAAUACAACAGCAACAAAAUCAAUACACGGAAAUGCAAUACACUCGAACUGUUGGCUGCCUGGAUGAGGGCCCCAUCUACUAUCAGGUGGUCAACUCACAUGCCUCGCCUUGUCAUGUGCAUGCUGCGGCACCAACAGUGACGACGACUGCGGCAGCAGCAGCAGCAGCAGCAGUAACAACUGCAGCAAGUACCAAUGGCGCAACCACAAACUCCACCUCAUCCAUGUUGUGCAUCAGCUCGGAGAUGUCCAUACCUUUGAGUUUGGCCAAUGCAUGUGAGGCAACGACGACAACAACAACGACAACAACACAUCAGUAUGACGAUGUGGCGUGCCACCAGCAGCUGCAGCCGCGCCAGCAUCGACGUCAAUCGCAGCGCACCUCCAGUUCCAGCGAGCAGAAGCGACCGCAGCAGCAGCAGUGCUGGGAGGGGGAGCAAAGGCAAUCACAGUAUGUGCUGCAAGUGAGGCCACGUGGCAUUGCCUAUGUCAUACACUUCAGUUCGACUACGGGCACCGUCGAGGAAACACCGGACUUCUUGUCCUUGCAGGAUCAUCUGCAACGUGCUCGCCCGCAAUUCUGCGCUCAGUCCAAGCAGCGCAAAGCGAUUCUCAAUCAGAUGCAGCUGCUGCGCAAUGCACGCCGCAAAGAACUCGAGCAGCUCAUCGAACACGGCAGCCUGGACUCGCUGGACCAGCGACUGAAGCAGCUGCCACCACCUGUCGCCUCUCGCAUUCGCAUAUUUUCCACACGCGAGAUGAAGGCGUUGACCAGCAAACGUUGCGAGAAACUGCCCGAGGUGAUUGCCGCACAAAAGCGUGAAUGCGAGGAGCGUCGCCGUCGCAGCAAUCGUAUACUGCGUGACGUCUUCAAUCGGCGUUUGCAGCGUCGCGUUCGCUGUGGCAAGCUCUCACUCAAUCACAGUCGCACCGUUAUCUAGUACAGCCAGCAAUUCAACCAGUGCCAGUUGCAAAAUAUAUAUACUUAUAUAUAAAUCGGCCAUAUAGAAUUGUUUU